AAAACUGAAAUUAAUUUUUUGGUGCACAUUUAAGUGAAAUUUUUGAGGACUAAAUACACAUUUCGCUGAACUUCGACUUGACCUGAGUGUCGAGGGAAAAAAAUAUAGGCGCUACUGAGGGCCCUCCAGGGCUCUUUACUUACAUUCUCGAAUUUCUGCAAUUCUUCCAUGAUGUUCGGUCGGCUGGCCGCUGCUUCGGUCUUCGUAUUAUUCAUUACCGCGGCGGUGAAGGCAGGCGCGACUCCCGGCGACACGGCGGAAAGCCCGGGUCUUCAUAUUCCAGAGGGUAUCUCCAGUGACAACAAACACACAGCGAAGGCCUUGCAUUCAGCAGCGCCGGAUGAGGGGGCACUUGAACAAGCUGGUGAGGAGACCAAAUCCCGUGACUUGACUGAAGAUGAUCAGCAACUGCAAGAGGAACAGUCGGACUUUCCCAAAGGUGCCACGUUGCUUGAAGACAAAGAUCCAUCUGACGAGGGCAACGAAGACGGGCGGGCAGAUACCGACGAAGGCGCUGGCGAAGGAGUGAGUCGUCUAAGACCAAAGGCAAAAGGCGGCGCGUCUUCGUCUAGGAUUAGGGCAAUGCUGGAGCUGAAGCGAGCCCAACAAAAGGCUUCGAACCGGCAAACGGCAGCGGAGAGAGCCCAGGCUUAUUAUGCCCGCCACGGCAUUCAAGGUCAGGGUGAACAAAAGGAGGAAGAAAAGCCCGUGACAAAGAGAUACAAGCCUCGCAUCAAGUCUCCUUCAAGUGUUCUAGAAGAACGAAGGCAGCUUCAGCAGCAGAAACAAGAAGCAGAGGAAAAUACGAAGCGUGAGGAAGAAGGUAAAAAACAACCCAGUAAUAAAGAUUCUGCUAUAACCUCUUACGCAUCGUCCAUCAAUUCCUCAGAUUCAAACGAGAGCCAAGGAAAAGUUAAAAGGCCGACCAACAACCGAGUGUUUAGCCUGCGACGUCCCUCAUUCCCUAAAAAACGUGACGGCUUGAAAAAAGACGAACAAGAGGGUACAUUGCAGCCCAAAAAUGAGCCACAGGAAGAAGAACAUGCAACGAAUAAAAAGAAAAAGGAAAACCCAACAGAUGAUGAUCCAGAUCAACAUCGGCAAACGGAUCAACAUGAGGAAGUUGAUACUAGGCAGCUAACAAAAGAUCCCGUACAAUCAAAGGAAGAUCAGCCACAAGAUGAAGAACAUUUACCGGAGAAAGCUCAGCCAUCUGUGCAAGAAGAUAUAAAAAUUAUUAUUGAAUCAACUGAUCCAAAAUCCGACGUUGAUUUGGAAACAAAAGAGAAGGCAUCAAUAGUUGAACACGAGCCUCUCAACCCAAUUGUUGAAGGUGAAACGAGAGUAGAUGACAAACCAAUUGAAUUGAAUACCUCAAAACGAAUUGUUGAAGAAGAAAUUAAAAUUGUUGACUCGCGAGUUGAAUCUGACCCAAUAAUUGAAGAAAGCGAUACGAUCAGUUCUGGUUCCAAUGAUCGUCAGAGUGAACAAAAACAGCAAACCGAUGAUGCCAGGAAGAAAAUACUAGAAAAGAGACAGCAAACGAUCGCCCUCCGCCGCAAGCAAGAGUCCGAACAAAAUGCAAACUCUAAAAGCGACCGAGUUCUUGAAGACAGCAAAAGUGCAGACGAAACUUCACCAGUUGAAGAAUUAGCUGAAGUUGAAGUUCGGGGUUCAGAGGCUUCUCCACCGUUGAGAAUUGGCUUCAAGCGACCAACCAUCAAGCGACCAUCAAUUGCAUCCACAAAUCAAGAGACAACAAAGCUAACUGAAGAAAUUGAGGCUAGCGUGGCUCCAAAAAUUACUGUGGACUCGAGAAGACAAAGGCCCUCGCUUUUCCGAUUUAAAUCGUCAGGGAAGACCGGUGAACAGAGUCGCGCUUCUUCAAAGUACAAGAACUCAGGAAGAUCUGAUCGACCUAUUCGAAUAAACACUUCGCUACAAAAGAAUGAAAGUCAAUCCAUGACUGAAAUCCCAAGAACAACUUCCGUUGAAGAAAUUAAUACAAUGAAAAGUUCUCUGGAACACCUUCAGUUCCUAGAAGAAAAUCCGAAUGAGAAAUACAAAUUUGAAGACUCUUUAAUCGAAGAAGUGACGACAAGCCACCCGCAAGGUUCAACCACAGACGAAGAAGCAGUUGAAGAUCAGGAAACUGGCGACGGACCUACUCCAGCGUCUGAAAAUGUGCACAGCAGCACUUUAGUACAUGGUUUCACUGACAUUGCAAACACCAACGUAAUGUCUGCUUUAGAAGCAUUAAUCAAUGCCAAAAAUAAUGCUGAAAAUGAUGAUUCGAUCACUACCGCUGAACUUGAAGCAAAAGAAAAUCCCACAACAACCGAUUUCGAUGGCUUUUCGACUGAACUACCAGCAAUAAAAAACAACGAAGCUGGAUACAACAUGGAAGAAUAUGAUAGACAGACAGAAACAGUUGCAAAUGAAGAAAGUGCGACUACUACCUCAAUAUUCUACUCAACUUCUACUACGUCACGUCCUUUCAGAGACUCGUUAUACAAUCGAAGACCUGGAAAUCGGCUUAAAGAAAUUAUGGAAAGGAGAACUGCAUCCACUUCACCAGCCACCACACCAUCAAUUCCACCGUCAAGUAGUCCAUUAUCCACUAUAAUACCAGUGGAUGAAAUAAUUGAAGGAAACGAUUACGUUACUGGUGAAUCUGAUCAGUCGGUUACCGAGAUUAAAUCGGUCGACAACUCCGUUACAUCAACACCGCCCACGUUGGAAAUUAGGGAGUCCGACGAAGUUUCAGCUUCUCCGAUUCCCGUUGAUGCUCUCAAUGUGAUUACGGUAACCACGCAUCCUAUCGAGUAUCGCUUAGCUUCAAGUGAAGGAGAAGGACAUGAUUCACUUUCAAGUCACGAUACAUUUGAAAAUGAUUCCCUAAAUUUAGCUGAUCAAUUUGAACGAAUGAACAUAAUUGGUCAAACCAUAAGCCAGAAAACAAAUCCUUCAGAUGACAGUAACGUGCAAGAUUAUGGAAUUUUAGGUGCCAUCAAAAACGUAGUUGCAGCUACAAUGGGAACGAGUCAGCCUGAAUUUAAACCUUCAGACAAUGCAACUCAAGCUGGAACGAUAGACAAAGAUCUGACGGACAUAUAUGAUGCGUCAAAUGGCAAUCCUGAGUUGGAGAAUGAACCUUAUUACUAUUCUGACGACUACGAGACCGAUGCCAGCACAACUAUUUCACCAAUUGUUGAUAUUAAUGUCGAUCGUCUCAUGCAGUCCAUAGUUCCGUUGAUAAAUAGUGAAAAAAAUGAGACUAAACAUUUGAUCAACCCAGAAUUGACGGUUUCCAAUCUCGACGAAAUUUCUGAAGGAAUGAAAAUUUUAAGGGAUGGGUUUUACUAUCCAGCAUCACAAGAAGCAUCGCAAACUUCUGUUUCGAAACAGCCCGAACAUGCUUUCACCAAACCCGAUUCCUCACAGAAAAAGAUAAAAGAUGCCACUGUGGUAGAUUAUCAGGUAUCUACAGGACUAUCGGUUAAAGAUGCUUCAAAAGCUAGUGAAGUUACAUUCGAUCCAACAGAUAUUGCUAUUAACCAAGUGAGAACUGAUCGCAAGAAUAUAUUAGAUUCUAAUGAGAACUCUGGCAUUCAAGAGAUGAUCAUAGAAAAUGAUGAUCCCAAUGGACCUCCGCUGACACUAAUUGUUAGGCCAAAUUCGGGCCGAAUUGACGUUGGUGACCAAGAUACUUUUGAUAUCAGCGUUUCCUCCUCCCUAUAUACUGAGCCUUCAUCCUCAAAAUCUGUGGUGACAAGAGGGCAAGUUUUGCCGGACGUUGUAGAAAAUAAUAACGGAGGCCACAAUUCUGCGGAACCAAUGAAUAAAAAUAGUGGUGGCGACACCAGAGCUCGUACUUCACCUUCUACGAGUUUGGUGGAUGAAGGCACGGAGAACAACGAAAGGACGGCUGUGGGAAUCGGUCAAGUUAUCCCUGUUGAUCUUAAUCAUGAAGAUCCUGUAGAAAACGGACAUAGUCAAGGUAUUCACACCAAGGUAGAAGAUAAAUAUUUAGAAGAAGUUACUGAUGAUAGAGAUUUACCUGAAGUUAUUCACGAUGAAAAAGAAAAUAUUCCGGCAAAUAAAGAAAAAGAGAGAGAAGGAUUGCCUGUAAACGCUACGGAAGAUAAGCGAACGGUUCCGCAGUCGGAAGAAUCAGCCCCUUCGGUGCCGUCCUUUUUCGGUGCAUUGUUGGACAUCUUUACCCGACCUGAGAGACCAAGACCUGCAAGACCGGAGAGGCGAGACGACGUGUCUCUUAAUGAGACCGAAAAAGAGCAGCUCAAUGAUCGAGAAGAAGGAUCAAACUUUCCCCGAAGGCCAAGGCCCCCAGUGUUUAGGCCGCAAAAACCUAACCAUCAGUACCGACCAUUCAGACCUGAUUUCCGACCACCUCCUCCCAACAGACUUCGUCCUGGGUUCCAAAUUCCAGGAAACGAUAGAGGACAAUUUGGUCAACACGACGGUCGUCCUCUACGUCCUCCUGGUCUCCGACCGAGUCCGGAUUAUGAUGGGCAACCAUCAUCAUCAUCAUCACAUAUGAUUCAUAAAACUCAUUUAGGGGUCAACGAUCCUAUGCAGCCACUUCCUAAUGUACCAAACUUUGGAAUGCUACCCCCUGCUCCUUUGGACGCAUCAAACAUCAGUUCUGAAUCAUUUGAUAACUCACAAACCGAACAACCGGUUACCGAAGUUGUGCAAGAAGACACUAAAUUCGCAGAAAAUUUUGUUGAAAAAUUUAAACCCAGUACAUCUGAGCAAAGUUCAACACCACCAGCAUCGAACCCAGAAGAAACAAACGGGGGAUCAAAAGUUAAUUCAUCGAUGCCACCUGUGAUUGCCAUUGAUGGUUUUCUUGAAGAUUUCAUAAAUCAGCUCGAUACAGACAAAAAUAAACAAAUAGAAGCUAUUAAAAAAGACUCCUUAGCACCCACAGAUGCUGUUUCACCUCUCCCGACUAGUCAUGUUGAAACUGACUCACCAAAUGUGGUUGAUCACAUAAAUUCUGAGAGAGGCCCCGACACUCCAAAUGAUGUCAACUCUGAAGAUGUCAACCAACCUAUCACUGAAAAUCUAUUAUCCUUCGAAACCGAACUGCCUAACGUACAAGAUGAAAGCAACAUUAUCGCUCCAUCAGUAUCUAAUGCCUCUGAAUACAGCCCCUCGGUCAUCGAGUUUAUACCUAAAACUGCCGUAGACUCUAAAGUAGAGACUCAAACUUUAAUGCCGUCAUCAACGACACUUCUAAACGGAUCCGAUACAAAGCCUUCUUCUGAUGCAGAUAUAGAAGCUUUUGCUCCAAAAGUAGACAACAAAGCUUCAUCUAGCCAGAAUACUAAUGCAACAACUACUUCAGACGUGGUAGAAAAUAUCGGCAAUGAGCUACAAUAUGACGAGUAUGAUAGUGAGGGCUCGAGUGAAUAUUAUGACUACGGUGAUUACAAUGACUCUUCUCAGAAUUCAACAACCGAAGCUUCAAUGGGUGAAAACCAAGGAGCCGCUUUUGAAAAUACAACGACACAUACUUCCCAUAAAGAAGAUUCUUCCGUUGUUCAACAUGAUUCAACUGGCGAAAAUGGAUCCCUAGAUCAAAGUGGACAUGCAGUUGAUAGAAAACCAAUCACUGACCAAAUGCACGAUUUUCACAGUGGAGUUCCAGUGCAAAUGAUUGGCGAUGUCACUACUUCCAUUGAAAGCCAAAAUUUCCAACCGGAUUCUAAGAACAAUACCAGUCCACCACCCCAUCUGCAUGAAGUCUCUGACGGCAGUUUUGUCGGUUCCAAAUUUUCCGAUACUGAUGAUCGCGAAGAACCGAAGCUCACUGUAGUUCUUCCAGGUUCCAGACCUGUUGUACCCUUCGUUCGGCCAUCGCCUCACAAGAAACAACCUACAAAGUUUAGCCUGGCCAAUCGACUCAAUAAAGAUAAAUUUUCUGAUGUUAUUUCCCCACCCUUAAUCGAAACAGGAUUCCAAGCUUUGAAGCCAGAUUCGGAAACUGAAGACUUGCACGAAAGUGAUGAUGAAACUCAUACCAGGCCUACAGGACAAGACUCUGAAUUACCACCAUCUCUACCCAAUUUGCAAAUCAUCCCAUUUGUCGCGGCGGAUGCUGUUAAAAAAGCUGAAGACAAUGUUGCUGAUGAGUCAUCUCCACUCGGUGCAGGGUCUGAUUUUACAGAUCCGUCUGCUGCAUCGAUUCCAGGCCAGCAUGAGCUUUGUUGGAGCGGAGGCCAGCUACUCGGUGAAGGAAUAGCCGUGAAUUUUACGGACGACCCUUGCCAGUCAUGCCGGUGCUACUUCGGCCAACUCAUUUGCCGCACGCAGGAGUGCCAAGAAGUGCCUAGCCUGUGUAGAGCUGUCGACCAGCCUGGAGAAUGUUGCCCGCUAAUCGUCUGUGAGCACGAACUCAGAGCAGAGGAACCGAUCCCAACUGAUGAAAUUAUCGAUUCAUCGUACGACGACUAUCCGGAUCACCCAACCGACUACGCCGAAGAAUCCGACGAUACUCGAAAACGUAUUUCAGAAGCUGAAGUUGACCGCAUUUCAAGUGCUGGAAUAAGAUCUCCUGAGGCUAAACAACCUCCUGCUUUACCUUCUAAACCCACACUUUCUGAUGGGUUAAUGCCACCAAAGCCUUUAGUAAGCAGCGACGAGAAACCACGACCGCUAGUGCCAAGCCGACUCUUGACGAUCAAAACUCCAAUUUCAAGGCAUCCUUCAUCCAUUGAUAGAUCUGAUUUGCCUCCUAUUCGCCGCAAACCAUCUGUUGUUGGAACAAGACCAACUUUGCCUUUCAUCCAACGUAAUCGCCCUGGAGAAAGGCCGACAUUUUUGCCUCCACGAAAAUCUUCUCUCGACCUUUCUUCGCCAACGAAACUUCUUCAGGCAGCCACAGAAUCAGCAGUUUCCGAAUCCACAACAGAACCAUCUAGAUUAAUCACAACCUAUCGGCCUCUAAGCCUACAAAAUGUUGUUUCCACAACUGCUGUCAUCAAAGAUUCCCCUCCAGUUUCUUCAGAUUUUGCUUCGUUCUUGGAGAAAGUUAGCGGUGGUGGGAGCUUCAACCCAGACUUCUUGCUACCCAAACCCAUCCAACCUACCACACCCCUUGAGUCUGGAGAGAUAGAGAACAUUCUGCUUCGAAACAACCUUCAAUAUGCUGAUAAUUCUCGAGAUGCCACCAAGCCUAGGACGACGGCCAAGCCGAUCUUGCCCGACAUCCCUGACGAGGUCAAGUCCCAAUUACCCCUGGGCAUCGAUGCCAUCCUGGCCUCUGGGGCAUUCCAGCUGUCCGGCUGUAAUAUUUACGGCAGGGAGUACGUGGUCGGGGACAGCAUCAGCGAACUGUCAGCUCCUUGCAAGGCGUGUCGGUGCACUCCAGUCGGCGUCCAGUGCCUCCCUAUCUGUUAAAACCUCAUUUAAAAACAUGCUUCAUUUUCCUUGCGUCUUGAAAUAAGAAAAUUAGGUUCAUGAACCAUAAACUUCAUAAACCUAAAUGUUAUUUACCUCAUGAGCUUGUUGCUGAAAACUUUAUUGAAUUAGCAAUCAGAUAUCCAUGUUGUGCGCAGGCCUGUUAAAAACAAAAAAUGAAAUUUGCCCCUUGUCUUCUCAUGGGUGACUCUUCCUCCAAAGCCUUUGUUUAUAAGUAUCAACCAUGUUGCUAUCGGUAAAAUUUAUGUAAUAUUUUUACAACAGUUCAAAGUUUUGAAAUGUAAUCUCAUUUGUUGAAUGUUAACGAUGUGAUAUGAUGCAGUGCCUUAAAUCUUGACAAUACCAACGGUGUUGCACAAUCUGUAUCUGUUGACGGUACAUUCGGUAUUAUCUUAGAUCCAUUAUCUGAUACCCCUUAUCUUCAUAGUGCAACAAGCGAGCCAGUUGGUUAGAUUUUGUGGUUUCUAAACCAAAACGACUGAAUAUACAUUUUUCUAAAAAAUAAUUAUAAAUCAGCACAAUGUUUGUCACGCUCUCCAAAAUUCAGUAGCUUUUGAGUGCUCUUAACUUAUUUCUAAGAAAUGUGGAAUGUAUCCCAAUAGUGUUCUAUGUAAAUAAUUUAAACGUAUAUUUAAGUCUUUAAAAUUAAGUUUGUGCAUAAAUAGGUGAUACGGGAAAUCAAGAAUCACCUGUAUGCGCAAGGGCAUUAAUAUGUAAAUAGAUACAUCAAUAUUUUCUUCUUUAUUGGCUGUUUUUAAUGGUCUAUGUAAAUUUCCAUUUCACAUCAGACCGUCAAUUAUUUCAGUUACUGCACUUUAAUAGUAUGUAAUAAAAGUCAACUUUGUGUAAUUAAGCAUUGGCUUAAUUUGUAAUCUUAUUUGGUCCAUUUUCAUACGUUGAAAUUUUUUCAGACGUUGAAAUAAAUAAAGUCUCAUCAGUACAGACGCUUACUUUACAUAAAUUGUAAUGAAAAUAAUGUUAAAACUUUUUUUUAAAUUCAUCUUUGUCUAAUGAGUAGACCCCACAGGUUUUGGAGCAUGUAUUUCAAGGAUAAAUUUCUAUAACAUUUCAAAGCUUCAAAUUAAUAUAUUAUACUUAGCACUUCCAGGCCACUUCAAGGCAGUUCAAACUUUCAAAUUUUAUUGAAAAUUAUUCAAGAAUCUUGGAACUUAUAACAAGAAUAUUUCUUAAACAUUUAUAUUAUUAUUGAUUUUGUGAUGAGCUUACAAAUCGUCAUGUUAUUCAUUAAAUGUUUCAAAGCUUCAUGGAAAGAUUUUAGUUUAACAUAUUGAUUUGAUAACUCUGCGGAUUUGGAAAAAGUAUAUAUCGUUCAGAAAAUGCUUAGAAUUUAAGAAAAUUCUACAUUUCCCUCGUACAUUUAUGUGUUCAACAAAUAAAAGUGUUACCCAGUCCGUCCAUGAACCCAUAUACCUAUAAUACGAUAAGUUAACUUUAAGUUUUAUUCAAAUAAGAACGAUAAUGGAAACAAUGCAUCAAAUGUUUGUGCAUGUAUCUUUGUAUUUCAGUGAUCAAUAGUAAAAUUUAUCAUUAAAAUAA